AUGACGAGGUAUAACUAUGCCGUCGUGGUGUCUGGCACCAGCGAAUCGAGUCAGAGAACACAUCCGACAGCGCCUGUCAAUCACUCACCUGUUCAGACAUCGCCAAUGAUCAAUCUGCAGAGGAAUUUAACUCUGCAGAGGAGUAGCAACUCGGAAGACAUAGAGAAUCCUCUCUUCCUUAAUAGCAAUGAAAAUCCUAACACCAUCCUUGUUAGUCCUCCACUAACAGGCAACGCCAACUAUGGAACAUGGAGCAUCUCGAUGCGUGUUUCCUUGGAAGUGAAAAACAAAUGGAGUGUUGUGGACGGAAGUGUCACCUCACCAGAUAGAACACAAGCUCAAUAUGCUGCGUGGAGGCGAUGCAAUCUUAUGAUCUGUUCGUGGAUAUUCAAAUAUUCCCAUCCUUCCAUUGCGCAGAGUAUAAUGUAUAUGAAUAAAGCCAAGGAAGUGUGGAACGAUUUGAAAAAGAGGUUUUCGCAGUGUGAUCCACAUCGGAUCUCCUCCUUACAAAGUGAAAUAUAUGCGUUGAAACAGGGAAACCUAUCGGUGUAUGACUACUACACAAAGUGCCGGACACUCUGGGAGCAUAUGAACGAGCUGAGGCCCAUGCUGAUUUGUAGAUGCGAUCCUCGAUGCUCAUGCAAUCUUCUUGACAAAAUCAGAAGUGAACGUGAGAUAGAUCAAAUAAUAAGAUUCCUUCAAGGAUUAAAUGAAGAAUAUAACUCUCUGAAAUCAGGUGUGUUAGUUCUCGAUCCAUUACCAAACAUGCAUAAAGUUUUUGUCAUGGCUGAGAAAUUUGAAAGGAAGAACUUCAACGCCAAUGGUGGAAACAAAGCUACAAAAUGCACAUUUUGUGGCAUGACUGGACAUACUGUAGAGAAAUACUACAAAAAGCAUGGUUAUCCACCCGACUGGGUGCCAGGUUAUAAAUCUAAAGGAAAACAACAAGCAGUACAUGUUGAUAUUUGGGGUCCAUUCUUAGUUCAAUCUUUUGGAGGGGAACGCUACUUUCUGACUAUAGUGGAUGAUCACUCAAGAUAUAUAUGGCUUCACUUAAUGAGAAACACAUUUGAAACUCAAGUUCUGAUCAGGCAGUUUUUAAAGUUUGUUCACACUCAAUUUGGAUUGCCUAUUAAGACUAUCAGCAGUGAUAAUGGUUUGGAAUUCAACAUGGUAGAAUUUUUUGCUGAAAAUGGUAUAGUCCAUCAAAAGUCUUGUGUGAACACACCAUAG